AUGACGAAUUCAGCGCCGUCUUCUUGCUACGUCACCACCUCCUUCGGGACCAAGACUCACUACCUCCUCGCCGGCGACCCCUCUGGACCGCCCCUGGUCUGCCUUCACGGUCUGGGAGGCUCGACUGAAACUUUUGAAAGACUCUUGCCAGUUUUACCCAGUUCCUACAAAAUUGCCUUGGUUGACUUUCAAGGUUUCGGCAAGACACCACUGGCCGACCAAACAGGAAAGCUCACCAUCGCGGGCCAUGUCGCCGACUUACACGAUCUCCUCACAUCUCUCCAAGAAUCUCCUCAAAUGCAAACAAAUGCGAGCAAAGCCAUCAUCAUCGGCCACUCCCUCGGCGCCAUCGUCGCGCUGCACUACUCAGCCCAGCAUCCCGACAACGUUGCCGGCCUCGUCCUCCUCGGUCCCGGCCGAGCCAUUGGACAUAUUCCUGCAGCCCGCCAACGCAUGCUUGACCUCGCUGCAAACGUGAGGGAGAAAGGAAUACUGUGCGGAGCGGAAAUGGCGACCAAGUCGAACUUUUAUGAGGACACACCCGACCGCUCGGCCGAUCCUGUGGCGCGAGAGGCCAUUCGUAAAAUGGUUGCUGCAUCGGAUCCGGAGGGAUAUGCUCAGACGUGCGAGGCGCUUGUGAACUUGGAGCAUACGGACCCUGACUAUUCGGCUAUCAAAUGUCCUGCAGCAUUUAUUGCCGGAGAUAAGGACAUGAUUAGUCCCGUCGAACGAUCUCGGGAGCUUAGCAAGCUGUUGAGUGGAGAAAGAUGGGUUGAAGUUGUGAAGAGUGGACACCAGCCUAUAAUCGAGGAUUUGAAAGCUGUAGAGCAAGCUGUCACAGAGCUUCUUGGGAAGGUGGUGAUCUAG